AUGGGGUCCCUACCCCACGCCGCGGUCUUCGCCGUGGCCCUCCUCCUUCUCGCCUCCUCCGGCGAGGCGUUCUUCGACAUCUUCAACAUCUUCCGCCCGCGCUCCGAGACCGAUUACUUCCAGAAUGCCUUCGAGGGCACGCAGGAGCAGACGGUGCCCACCCAGACGGGAGCAGGAGGAGCGGGGCGCCGCGCCGGCCACCGCCACGGGCCUCACCAGGGUGCCGCCCGGGGACCGCCCAGCAAGGCUGCGCAGGACACGGUCCACCUCGACGCCGACAAAGGCGGCGGGGCAGUCGGCUCGUGGACUAUCGUCAGCGAGAACUCCGGCGUGUCGGCGAUGCACAUGGUCGUCAUGCGCCACGGCAAGGCCAUCAUGUUCGACACAAGCACCACCGGGUCGUCACUCAUGCGUCUGCCCCAGGACAACUGCCGCAUCGACCCGCGGGCCAAGGAGGAGGGCACCAUGGACUGCUGGGCGCACUCCGUCGAGUUCGACUACAACACCGGCGGCCUCGCCCUCUCAAGGUUAUUAGCUUAA